AUGUGGGAACGGCUCCAGGCGUUUCGGAUCUUGGACUACUUUUGGGCCGAAGGCAGAGACCCGAGGACCGGAAAUAAGGUCGGCGUUGAAGGCAGCAGGAGCUCCAACGCGGACUGGAUGGGCUCACUCAGUCCCGCACUCACCUCCAUGCCCAUGAGGUAUCUGGCGGUGCCAGGGUCUCACGACUCCUUCAGCUUCUGGGUGGAUGAGAAGGCUCCGGUGGGUCCAGACCAGAAGCCCAUGGUGAAGCACCUCGCCAGCGCCUUCCGCCUGGUGGCCAAGAAAGUGAUGAAGAAGUGGUCCAUGACCCAGAACCUUACGUUCAGCGAACAGCUGGAGGGGGGCAUCCGCUAUUUUGACCUGCGCGUGUCCUCGAAGCCGGGUGAGCCGGGUCACGAGAUUUUCUUCAUCCACGGACUCUUUGGCCACAAGGUGCGCGACGGCCUCCAUGAAAUCAACACCUUCCUCAACAGCCAUCCCAAAGAGGUGAUCUUCUUGGACUUUAACCACCAUUAUGCCAUGAACAAGGAGCACCACAGGUACCUGAUUGCCAUGCUGCAGCAUGUGUUUGGACACAAGCUCUGCAACUCGAAUGUGACAGAGGACAUUACGCUGGACUACCUGUGGGAGAAUAAGCACCAGGUCAUAGUGUUCUAUCACCACCCUUUGGCUGACGAUUGCCCUCAUCUGUGGCCUGGGAGCAAAAUCCCGGCCCCCUGGGCCAACACCACAGAUGCAAACAAACUGAUACAGUUCCUGGAGACCACAUUGGGGGAGAGGACCCAGUGCGGAUCUUUCCACGUUUCCCAGGCUAUUCUCACCCCCCGAGUCAAGACCAUCUUCAGAGGACUCGUCAAGGGACUCCGGAACCACUUAGUGGAGAGGAAUCUGCCCACAAUCAUGACAUGGGUGGAAGCCCAGAGGCCAGGAGCCAAUGGGGUCAACAUCAUCACCUCUGACUUCGUGGAGCUGGUGGACUUUGCCACCACCGUCAUCAAACUCAACAACCUCCUACUCCCCCGGCCUUGCCGUCACGUGACCUGA